AGGAAAGAUGUUUCAGUUUUAUUUUCUCGUGAUGAUUUUCAUCGUCCCCUUACUCUACAUAGCUUACAGUUUCAGUUCUAAAAGACAACGUUUCAACAUUCCACCAGGUCCUCCGGGUCUUCCUGUCGUCGGACAUCUCCACCUCAUCAAACCACUCCUCCACCGUUUCUUCCAUAGCUACUCCAAAAAGUACGGUCCCAUAUUCACCCUCCGCUUCGGGUAUCGCCGUCUCGUCGUUAUAUCGUCUUACCCUCUAGUUAAAGAAUGCUUCAGCGGCCCAAAUGAUAUCAUUUUGUCAAACCGGCCUUUAUCCAUGACAAACAAAUACAUUGCUUACAAUAACACCACCAUCGGAACCUCCCCCUACAACGAACAUUGGAGAAACCUCAGGCGCAUCAGCUCCGUGGAGAUUCUCUCCUCCCAACGCCUCGCAAGCUUCCUAGAUAUUAGGAGAGACGAGCUCCGUCGGAUGCUCAGGAGACUUGCACGUGAACACACCACUAAGGGUAAUUAUCAACUCGAUUCUUUCAAGGAGGUCGUACUCGAACCCCCAUUGUCAGAUUUAGCGCUCAACAAUGUCGUGAGGAUGGUGACGGGGAAGAGAUACUACGGCGAUGAUGUUCGUGACAAGGAAGAGGCAGAGAUAUUCAAGAAUCUCAUCAUAGAUAUUUUCGAAAACAGCUCCGCGAAUAAUCCUAGCAAUUAUUUGCCUUUCUUGAAAUUCUUUGGGUGCAAGUACGAGAAGCAGGUGAAACGUAUCGGCAAUUCCGUGGACAAGACUUUGCAGCGUCUCCUCGACGAGUGUCGGAAAGACAGGGAUGGAAACAGUAUGAUCAAUCACUUGGUGUCUUUGCAGGAUCAAGAACCUGAGUAUUACAACGACGUAACCAUCAAAGGGUUAAUGAUGGCUAUGAUAAUCCCAGGAUCAGAUACUACUUCAGUUAUGAUCGGAUGGGUUAUGGCAAACUUGCUGAACCAUCGGGAUGUGUUAAAAAAAGCAAGCGCGGAGAUCGAUGAAAAGAUCGGACAAGACCGUCUCAUCGACGAAGAAGACAUCUCCGACCUUCCUUACCUUCAAAAUAUUGUGUCUGAGACAUUCCGGUUAAACCCGGUGUCCCCGAUCUUGCUCCCUAGGGAAGCUUCCGAGAACAUGAAAGUCGGUGGGUAUGACAUACCACGUGGCACAACAGUUGUGAUCAACGCGUGGGCUAUACACAGAGACCCGGAGCUCUGGCACAAUCCAGAAGAGUUUAAUCCUGAAAGAUUUAGUGGGAAAAAUAUCAAAAUUGAUGGAUCCAUCGACAGUGUUCAGACUCUGAUGCCGUUUGGGAACGGUAGGAGACAGUGUCCUGGUUCUGCCCUCGGGAUGAAGACAGUGACGUGGACAGUAGGAGCAAUGGUCCAAUGCUUUGAUUGGAAGACUGUGAAUGGUGAUAAGAUUGAUAUGGAGGAAUCUCGAGGGAUUGUGAUGCGUAAUCUUAAGCCUUUACGUGUUAUGUGCCGACCUCGACCAAUUAUGUCUAAACUUGUUGCUGAGGCAACUUCUUAGACCGUAUCGUUUAAUCAGAGUUUGACGGCAGUUCUAUCAUCUAUGCGGGCCGGCGAAUGCAAUAGAAUCGCCAACAAAUAAUAAUACAUAUUUGGACCUAGACCAAAGCAAAGUAAAAGUAAAACAUCAAAACAAUUUUUCUUUUAGACAGCACUAGAUAUCAGAUAACAGGUUUCCGUUUCGUUUGUAACAUUUUUAUAUAAUAAGGUUUUAUACGAUC